AUGACAGAUAAUAUUAAUAAUGCUACCUAUCAAGAUGCUGUAUACGGAAAGGAACAAUGUUUUGUGAGGCAUCAUUCGGAUCCGAUAAGAUUCCUGUGGAGUAUUGAUGAUUUUAUUCAGGAUACAUCGAUACGAAAUAUUUCCCUCAAUUUAAGGGCAUCGAAAAUGAGCCCAAACUUUUGCUUGGCACUUCAAUUAUUCUCUAAUAAGGAUAAAUAUUUUAUACCAUCAAUUAAUGAGAGUUUUCAUAUGAAUCCCUUUAUAGAUGGAAAAACCAUUUCAAUGAUUGAAGAUGUAAGGUACAGAAUGUUUUGUUAUUAUCAAAGGUUUGGAGAUUUGGAUUUUGAAAUACUUCCAAAAGCCUUCUGCUUGAAAAGAAACGAAGCUAAAUUCAAUGGUGGAUGUUCUUAUGGAUUUGUAAAUCAACAAUUAGAUUUAUUUCUUUCCAAAGCAGAAUGGAAAUUUACACCCCUCAGGCAACAGUACAGACAAUACGAAACAAGCCUAACAAGUUUGGAAAUGAGAAUUCCAAUUGUAGUACCAGCCGAUACAACAGAUGUUCAAUUACAUCUCGUAUUUGUGGACAUGUAUUCUCCACCUGAACCAGAAAAUUUUUUACCUGAAUACGUAACAGGUUCUAUUAUAUUCCACUUUUGUCAACUAAACAUGGUUCCACAUAUUGGCAUGAUGACUGUGAUGCCUUUACAUUUAAUUCCAGAACACAAUACUAUUGUUGGAAAUUGA